CAACAUCAUCAAAAGAGAAGACAACAAAACUUUGACCAAGCAUUUAAUCAUUUUCUCCCUCUGCAUACACGGCAUUAGGAUGCUGCCUGACACCUUAUGCGUUGAUUCCAUGUUUGGAAGCACAGAGGAAACGCAAGAUUGUGGCACCUGUUACCACAUCAGUAUGGCUGUGGUCAUAGGCAUUGUUGUAUGUGACAUUUUAUUGACCAUCAUCAUAAUUAUAUCAGUCAUUUGUUUUGUGAAGUCAUACAGUAAUAGACAACGAGAGUUACGCGAUGAAAGAACAGUACCAUCUCCUGAAUCAAAAGAAGUCACCGAAUCGCCUUAUCAGGAGUUACAAGGCACACAGUCUGAUGUGUACAGUGAACUUAAUCACUUUAGGUAGUAGAGUCGAGAUAAAUACUAUAUUGCACAAAUAUAAAAUAACUAGUAGGCCUAUAUUAUGUGGAAGAGAUAUGCAAGUGGACAUUUGAUCUUUUUUGUUCAUAAUUGUCUCUUGACAAUGGAGAUGGCCUCAGUUUCAAUCAUCAGUGGAAUAUGUACCUAUGUAUACUAAGCUAUGUACUUUAGUUUGUUACUCAUACUGUUGUGCUUAAUCAAUGUAUUUAACAGCAUAUACAUACUUGGGUGUGUGGUGAAGAAGAUAUUCACAGGAAUGCAUUAAUCAUGUGUUUAUUUAUUGUUAAUUUACACUUGUAAACAUUAAAUUACAACCACUUUCAAAAUCAA